AUGUCGUGCCUAUCCUACCAGCAGGGCUCCAGAUGUGGCAGUCGGAGCUUCAGCUCAUGCUCAGCUGUCUUCCCCCAGAGGGUCACCCACUAUGCAGUGAGCUCAGGGCCAUGCCAGCCUGGGGGUGGCGGGGGCCUCCGGGUCCUGGGCUGCCUUCGCUCACGGAGCCUGUGCAACGUGGGCUUUGGGAGGCCCCGGGUUGCCUCCAGGUGUGGCCUUCCUGGCUUCGGAUACCGAGUGGGGGCCCCCUGUGGGGCUCCUGCCUGCAUCACUCCCGUCACCAUCAAUGAGAGCCUACUAGUCCCACUUCAGCUGGAAAUUGACCCAACUGUGCAGAAUGUGAAGAGGGAUGAGAAGGAGCAGAUCAAGUGCCUCAAUAACCGUUUUGCAUCCUUCAUCAACAAGGUCCGGUUCCUGGAGCAGAAGAAUAAGCUGCUGGAGACCAAGUGGCAGUUCAUGCAGCAGCAGAGGUGCUGCCAGAAGAGCAUGGAGCCCAUCUUCGAAGCCUACAUCUGCACCCUCCGCAAGCAGCUGGACUGCGUGGCCAGGGACCGGGCCGGGCUAGAGUCGGAGCUCUGCAGCCUCCAGGACACGCUGGAGGGCUACAAGAAAAAAUAUGAGGAGGAGCUGGCCUUGCGGCCCUGUGCGGAAAAUGAGUUCGUGGCCUUAAAGAAGGAUGUGGAUACGGCUUUCCUGAUGAAGGCUGACCUGGAGACCAACGUGGAGGCUCUGGUCCAGGAGAUCGACUUCCUGAAAGGCCUGUACGAGGAGGAGAUCUGCCUGCUCCAGUCUCAGAUCUCAGAGACCUCGGUCAUCGUGAAGAUGGACAACAGCCGGGUGCUGGACGUGGACAGCAUCAUCGCUGAUAUCAAGGCCCAGUAUGACGAAAUCGCCAGCCGCAGCAAAGCUGAAGCAGAGGCCUGGUACCAGUGCCGGUAUGAGGAGCUGCGGCUGAUCUCCGGGACCCACUGUGACAACCUCCGCAACCGCAAGAAUGAGAUCCAGGAAAUGAACAAGCUGAUCCAGCGGCUGCAGCAAGAAAUCGAGAAUGUCAAAGCCCAGCGUUGCAAUCUGGAAGCUGCUGUGACUCAGGCAGAGCAGCAGGGAGAGGCAGCCCUCAACGACGCCAAGUGCAAGCUGGCCGGGCUGGAGGCCGCCCUGCAGAAGGCCAAGCAGGACAUGGCCUGCCUGCUCAAGGAGUACCAGGAGGUGAUGAACUCCAAGCUGGGCCUGGACAUCGAGAUCGCCACCUACAGGCGCCUGCUGGAGGGCGAGGAGCACAGGCUGUGUGAAGGCACUGGGCCUGUGAAUAUCUCUGUGAGCAGCUCAAAAGGUGCGGUCUUGUACGAGCCAUGUGUGGUCAGCACGCCCAUGCUGAGGACCGAAUUCUGCACCAACAGCCUCAAGAGCAGUGGGGGCUGCAGCGCCAUGAGCACCGGUGAACUCUACAUCCCCUGUGAGCCCCAGGGGCGCCCGGGCUGCUCCAGCAUGAAGCUAGGGACUGGGGGCAGCUCCUCCUGCCACAAGUGUUAGCACUGCCUCAGAGGCUGGGAGUCCAGGAUGCAGAGCACUAGCCCUCAGCCUGGAUGUCACCCAUGCUUACCAGGGCAGCACACCAGGACAUUCCAAA